CUGAGCUAGUAUCGUUGUGAACGCCGACUUGUACAGUGAACUGUAUAGAAGGGAAGGAAAUAUUUUUAUUUUAUACGAACUAAAACGUAAAAAGUAAAUAAAUAACAUGGACCAAUAUUCAGGAGAGAAAUCCACUCCGGCCCCACCGCCAUACACCACCGGCCCUGGUCCGCAAGGCCCACCAGGCCCGCCUCCAGGGUUCUACCCGCCACCCCAGGGGGCCUACCCGCCGCCCCAGGGGUCCUACCCACCGCCUCCAAUGGUGACCACCACCACAGUCUACCCGGGCACCGUCACCGUGGUAUCAACCGUCACCCCCAUGGGGUCUAAGCCCAGUGCUGCGGUCUGCAAAAGCUGUAACAUGGAAAUCACGACAGUGGUCAAACAUAAGUCGACCACCAAGACGCAUCUGUUCGCACUUCUACUGUGUGUGUUUGGAUUAUGGCCAUGCGUGUGCAUCCCUUACUGCAUGGACAGCUGCCAGAACGCUGACCACUACUGUCCAAACUGCCAAGCAUACCUGGGAUCUUACUUAGGAUAAAUCAUCAUUUAAUCUAAAUUAAGUUCUUGAAAUCGAUUUUAUCAAAAUUGCUAUCUGGCACUGAUAUUUCCUUUUUUCCAUUCGAAUUAAGAAGUAAUAUCAAUGGCAAAAGGCACGGAUUAUUUAGACUGAUAACUUAUCUGAGGAUGAAGAUACAGUAUCAGUAGUAAGAACUCCGAGCUAGAUUCGUGCUGUGUGAAUCAUUAGUCAAUUUAUUUUAAGUAGGUUACAUAGGUUAUGACUUUUAGAUGAGCUAGAGAAUAUUGACUUCUUUUUCUUUGCCUUGUCCUGUCCCAUUUUAUUUGGGGUCGGCCUUAGAAUUUUGACUCCAAAUUGUUUAAAUUUAUGAAGGUCUAUAGUUAGUGACUAUCUUAUGUGAUACUAAAGACAAUUUUUGUUGUAGUUUACAUUGAGAAUUAGUGUUCUUUGAGUCUUGUUUGGAGAUUUGUAAACUCUCUACAAAUGUUAAAUAAAUUGUAAACUGCUUA